AUGACGCGCGUCGUAUCCAGCCCUCUCCCUCACAGUGAGCCCGUCUCGAUCAGCGCCCUUGGCGUCGAAGGUCAACCUGUUGGGCGUAACCGCGCGUCAUCGGUGGGCGGUCCGGGCCGGUCGGUCAGCCCGCGACGCGACUGGGCGUUCACCUGGCGGAUCACGCACCGCUCGGAGACGCCGCCUAACGGCGUGCCAACAUCGUGGUGGGGCGCCCGCGAGACGGAGUCGCGGCCGUGGGUACAGCGGCGGCAAAAGUCAAUCCCUGUCGAGCACUCGGAGGGGUACCAGCGCACUGGCCGCCAUGUAGCCGAGGCCGUCGUUAACGUCCUUGGGACUACGGCAUACGUCGCGCAUGAGGCGCUGGUGCUCGGUGGUGAGCUGCUGGUGUUUGCGCCGUUCCCCGGUCUCGACCUUGCUGCACGGGUGCUGCUAGAGAUAUGGGAUGCUCUUCAGAUGGUCGAUGUCAAUCGAUCAGCAUGCUUGCGCCUGACCGAGCGGUGUGCGACUAUCCUCUACUCCGUCCGGGAGGAAAUUGCCGAUGCCGGUGACCAAGUUGGCGAGGAGCUACAUCACCCAAUUGAGAGACUGGUCGAAUCGUUUCAUGAUGUGUAUCAGUUCCUCCAAAGGCAAAAUCACCGCCCGUUCAUCAAGCGUUACCUGAAGCGCGAGGAGAUUCAGAGGGCGCUUGGUGUCUGUGACAACAGUUUGAACGACGCUCUCAACAUGUUCAACCUUUCUAUCCAAAUCCGCAUUCUGAAGCAAGUGGUCAGAGCGGAGCAGGCGCGCCAGGUUGACACUGCUGCUCUCAUCGAGACCGUCAUGCGCAACCAACAAGGGUCACCACUGCCAGCGCCCACCGCGAACGCACUUCAGCUCACCGGAACGGAGUCCGCGGUCAUCGCAGCCAUCACAUCCGUCGAGCAACUUAUGAGCGCGUCCCCCGAGCAGAUCCGUGAGACGCUGCAGGCGAUCGCCUCGCGGCAAAAUGAGCGCGACGCCGCGGUGGACACUGCGGACCUGCGCGGGCUGAUGCGCGAGGCGUUGCAGGCGAACAGCGACGUCGAGAUGCUCCGCGUGCUGCAAGUCGGGCGUGACGAGAUGCCCGAGGCGGUCAAGGCGCUGCAACGUGCACUCGAGAGCGAGAGCCGAAAGACGACCAGCGAUGGCAGCGCGGCCUCUAGGAGGACGCCGCGGGACACGCUAGACCGCGAGUUCAUAGAGACUGGUAUUGAGGCGCUCCGCAGGCUCAGUACGGUCGAGAUGGCGCUGCCGAGCUGGACGAUCACGCGCUACGAGGUGGAGGCGGAGCAGAAAAUCGGGAUUGGGUUCUUCUCGGAUGUGUACAAGGGUACGUGGAGGGAACGCACGGUCGCGAUUAAAGUGCUUGCCGAAACGACUCCUCGAAAGCUCUUCAUCCAUGAGGCGACCAUCUGGAAGGAGCUGCAGCAUCCGAACGUGCUCGAGCUCCUGGGCGCGUCUUCUGCGUCGAGCGACGCUCCGUGGUUCUUCGUCAGCCCCUAUUACAAAAACGGCAGCAUAGUCCCGUACCUGAAGGGCCUCCCGACCCUGGAGGCCGCCGAUCCUCUUCGAAUGAUUCACGAGAUUGCGAAUGGAAUGGCCUAUUUGCAUGGCAAGGAGGUCCUUCAUGGUGACUUGAAGGGCGCAAACGUUCUGGUCGAUGAUCGCGGCCACUGCAUUAUCUCCGACUUUGGCCAGAGUGAGAUGAAGUCAGAGGCGUACCGCAUCAGCGGCGAGCCUUUGCCUCACGGUACUUUGCGCUGGCAAGCGCCCGAGUUGAUGUCGGGCCAAAGCGGACUCACGCAGCAGGUCGACGUAUAUGCGUUUGCGAUGUGCUGCAUCGAAGUCCUCGUUAAAGGCAGCAUACCCUGGCCAUAUGCUGAUGAUGAUGCUGUUCGCCACUUCGUCCUUAAGGAGAACAUGCGUCCAGAAAUUCCUCUUAUUCAGCAGCAGUGGACGCCCCAUCUCUCGGAGAUCAUCAAACGCUGCUGGGAUCGUAUUCCUGCAUCACGACCAUCAUUUGAUACUCUCGUCCAUGACCUCCAGCAGCUGCGCCACCACUUUGGCCUCGAUGCUAAAGAAUCGCCACUGCCUAUACACUUAAAGGUGCCUAAGGACCCGCAUCGUGCUUCUCCGAGCAUGCUGCCGGUACCAUUGCCGCCUCUGCCACCGGACACAACGGCCACUUUUGUCGACGAACCCUCCAUUUCCGUGAGCUCGUCGUACGAGACCGCCCACGGCGACAGCGAAUCCUUCCGAUCCUCGCCGGUGCCGCACGAAUCGGAGGUCGGCCCUGAACACGAUCCGUUCAUCCACUCUCCCCCAACACUGAGUCGGACGUCGUCAUACUCGGAGACGGCGGAUUCCCGCUCUGAUUCUGGGGUCUUGCUUGAUCCGCCAGGGUAUCAAUCGCCGCCACCUGCUGAUCAACGUCAAGCAGACAUUCGCAAUGAGCGGCGCUACAGGAUGCUUGUGCAACACGAGUUCCAUCCAUCAUUGACCCUUCCUCUUUGGACGCCCUGCCAAGUGAUGCUUGGUUCAGUAGGCUAUUUGUCAAAGCCAGCGGGAGAAUUCGUGACGUUGUUCAACGCUUUCAAACCCACGGAGUCUUCCGGCGGCUUAACAGGUAGUAUAGCUGCCCUUGAAGACAUUGGCCGCGUGACGACAGGCAUUCAGCGGCAGGGCAAACGCAGCGUUGCGCAACGUGGGAUGGACAUGCUUCAAUCAUGGCUCAAUUCCAAAAACAACACCGGGAGCACGACGAACAUUCGCCGGCGGUACUCGUCGCCGCUGCGCCAAAGCCACAAAACUGCUCACCUGUUCACGGAGUCCACAGUAUAUCGUUAUGUGGAGGAUCUCGCGAUCCCCAAGCGGUGGUUCAAGGCGAAUGUCGACAGCAUUCUCAAGGUUUACGGUGACGAACAUCCCAUCACCCGAGAGGACCUCUUCUUAGUCAUCGGGACUCUCGAGGCACAAGAUUAUGCACUCUACGUUAGCCACUCCCAUCCCGAUGGACAGCUGAACUUCAGUGUGCAUUCAGCAGCACGUGCCGGCCAACCGUGGGGUCACUUCUCGACUUCCACAGAUUUGUCUUCGUCGCUGCUCGGAGGACCGGUUUACUCGGACGAGCCUAUCGGCGGGCAGCUCAGCGCCCAAAAGGUUUCCAGUGUCGGCCGAGGUGGUCGUUGGGACUCUGUUCUUCUCGCGCGUCUUAGAUUCAAGACAGACAGCCCAGAACCCACUUCACAGUGA